AUGUCGCGGGUUUCGAUCAAAAAGGCCCUGGAAAAGCUGCGGUCCCCCUCUCAGUCCACGCUUCCGUUGCCCGCCAAGUCGCGCGGCAAGGGGGAGCGCGAAGGCAAAACGCGCAGCAACACGACGGACCCUUUCUUGAUCAAUUCGCACUCGAUGACCUCGCUCGGCCUGCACCGGCCCGAGCAUGAGGGCAACCGGUCGAUGGGCGACUUGCCGUCGUCCAAAGAUGCGCGGUCCGUCACCGACUUGUCGGACUAUGGCGACGAGUCUUUCUCGUCGCUGCGCAAGCUCCGCCGCGGCAACAAGGGGCCGCCGUCGAUCUCGGGCGUGGGGCACUUACUCUAUGGCCAGGACACUGUGCAGUCACCCAUGUCCUACGAGGCGUCCGACGGAGACGCGCUGUCGCUGCGCCAACUUCCGAUUCAGCGCUCCUCUGUGGUGUCAUCCGACCAGAACUCGAUGCACGCACCAUCGUCGAACGAUGGGCUGCGCUCCACGACGCCAGCCAUGAGCCCGGUGUCGAUGUAUGGUAAACCGCUGCCCGGCAUUCCCCAGCAGCUAGAGACGGUGCGCUACGGCACGGCUCUUGCUGAUAUUUCGGGGCCAAACUCGGCAGACACGAGCAUGUCGGAUCGGCACGACUCGCCGGUGCAUUGGAGGAGCCCGGCACCGCCGCUGCCUCGGAGCACGUCGGGUGCGUCGCGCAGCAUCGCGUCGCCUACGACCCAGGUGAUGAUCGCCUCGCCGAUGUCGGCGCGGACUGCGUCGCCGUCGGCACAAGCGAUGAGCACGGCCGACUCUUUGUCUCGUCCUCCGCCUCCGUCCUGGCAUACGCCAUGGUCGCCGGAGCCUGUGCCGGAGCCUGUGCUGGAGCCCAUGCCAGCGCCCGUCUCGGAGUCUGUGCCAGAGCCCGUGCCGGAGCCUGUGCCGGAGCCCGUGUCGGAGCCCGUGUCGGAGCAUAUGGAGCCUCUCCUGGCAAGCUAUGAGCGCGAAGCAUCUGUACAGGAUUCAACGCACACGCGCUCAAACUCCCUGGACGAGCAUGCAUCGGAUGCAGGCCUUCCGUCCGUCACCGCGCAGUUCCUCCAGGAUGGAUCCAACCUUUCGCAUACAUCCGCCGGCUCCGAGCGCGUGUCGCACGAGGCGGCGCACCACGAGCCGGAAAGCGAGGAAGCGAAUCGCGACGAUUCUUUCUCGCAACCUCCGACCCCUAUUGUCCGCGAGGGACAUACACAUUUCGUCCAGCCAGCGUCUGCAUCCCCUUCCCAUCGUCUCUCUACGGAAGAGCAACACAACUCGCUCAUUGUUCAAAUCGAAGAUGCGUUCCAGCGCAUUAUGGAUAUUGCGGUUGUUUCUCAGGCUGCAAACGUUCCUCUUCCCCAGGGUGUUUCUACGUCGUCGAAGCGCAUCAACGCCUCUCCUUCGAUGCCGCGUCGUAGUCGCGUCAUCGUCGGCAGCCCGCACGCCCCGUCGCCCCUCGCUUCCUGA